AUGAUUUCUCCCAUUCUUUCGGCAAAUGGCAUGAAUGGCCUUCGCACUCCCCCGCACUCCCCUGCUUCGGUCCUCCACGCGAAAGGUCGUCGUAAUUCGCUUUCUUCCUCGCGUGCCCUUAGCGGUAACUUUGGCUCGAUGAAUCAGCUCGCAAGGCGGGCGACCGGGGGUUACAAGAUUGCCUUCGUUCAAGAAUCGGCCGCUGCUUUGAAGAAGAAAAGCAUGGCAGAGCUGGGUGUUGGGGUCCACCAGACCAUCUCGGACGUAUCCUUCGUCAGCUUCCUGGAAUGGAUUCGGUCUGAGCGCCUCACCACCCUUCCCCACAAGGGAAGCCGCUGGGAUAGAGUGUUGAUCAGGGCGCUCUAUUUCGCAGAGCAGCUUCACAAUUUCGACCUCGCCAUCCAGGGAUUUGCUCUCGAUAGCAGCGUUGCUGCAGCGCUGGGCUAUGGCCAUGCGCAACUGCUGCUAGGGCUCGGCUACGAGAACUCCGAGACCUUGGACAAAUCAUUCACGGUUUUUUACAAGUUUUCUUUGGCGUUCUCGUCGCUGUUGCAUCGUUCGGAGCUGCUGGCCGCGACGUCAGACAUCCGUGAGCAGUUAUGCUUGAUGUACACGGACCUUCUCUCUUUGGUGGUUGACGUGGCCGUGAGGUUCUACAAGACGGUCAAUGGGAUGACGACGUCUUCCGUUAGCCUCGACGUUUUUGAGACCUUCGGUGAUACCAUCGAGACAUUCCGUACCCGUCAGAAUAGUGUCAUCGAAUCUAUCUGGAGCUUCCAGAUCGAGGACGAAGGUUUGGAGACAAGCGAUGCUAUUGAUGUGAAACUUCUCAGCAGAUGGCUGUCUCCGCAAGAUCGAGUGCUGGCCACGCUGAGCCGGGAUCACACGACUUUCGCGGACGACCAAGCGGAGUUCACGUGUCUUUGGUUCCAAAAGCAUCUCUUCAAGUUCGCUCAGAGCGACAAAAAUUUCUUUUUGAUCACAGGCCAACCCGGGUCGGGCAAGUCAGUCCUCGCAGGAGCCAUCGGCGAGAGGCUCCAGCGCCCCCUGAACCGCAAGUCCUUUGAUACCAUAUUUUGUUCCAUCGCCUCCGACAUCCCUAGUCAGACGACUUCCCUUGCGGUGGUGAAGUCCCUGCUCUUCCAACUGCUCAGCUCGAGGGUGGGUAACAUGUCUAUGUAUCACGCCCUUGCUCGCGCCUACACUCAGUGCAUGCACUGCGCCACCGUCGAUGCCGACGAAGAGCACCUAUGGCAAGCCCUCGUGGAUACCCUGAAGCAACCACUCGACGAUGGAAGGGACCUCGUCGUGAUUGUGGACGGACUUGAGGAGCUCACUGGACCCCAGUCGGCACCAUCGUCAUUGCUGGGGAAAUUGCUCAAUGCCGUCAACCAAGGCCGGCGGGUGCGCCUGAUUGCUUUAUCCUCCUCGCUACCAAUGCCUCCGGACAGCAACGGUACACAUUAUCAGAUCACGCGUGAUGAUGUUCGCGACGAUGUCCAUGCCGUGGCCCUGAAGUCUCUUGUGCAUAAGCACCACUUCCAUGGCAAACCCGGCCCCGAGCAAGAGAGCCUACUUGAUCGCAUAAUCCAGAUAGCAAACGGGUCCUUCCUAUAUGCCAUCCUCGCGUGUGAGCUUCUUGGCCUACAGAAGUCCGGCGACGGCGUCACCAAGACACUUGAUGGCUUGGAGUCCUCUCGCCCUUUCGUUCACGACCUAGUACAGAGAUUGUUUGCGUCCCUGGACACGACCAACAAUGCCAAAACUCUGCUCUCCUGGGUUCUUUCAGCGGAGCGGCCCUUUACCAUUGAAGAGAUGCACUGCCUUUUCACUAUCGACGUCCAGCGUGGAACGCUUGCAGACAAAGGAGUGGACACACACUCUACCGUCCAGUCCCUUCGGCCGCUCUUGUCGAUCCACGACCGCAUCGUCCGCUUUAGGCACCCUUCCAUCCACGCUACUCUUCAAAAUUUUGCGCAGCAAGGCAAGCUCCCGAUCCCGACAAAAGAGGCUCAAUCAGACUUAGUGCUCAAGCUUCUUACAUACGCUAAAUGCAUGCUGCGGGAGAAGGGUGAGCCAGUCAUAGACAACACUGACCCCACCCUGGCUGACCGCCUCUUCCGCCAACACCACUUUCUCGAAUAUGUUACGCGCUAUUGGGUGCUGAACCUCAAGCAGUCUCCCCUGGUACCUGCUCAAUCUCGCGAAUUCAAGCCUUCUGCAGAACUCCGCAAAGUAUUUCCGGACACCACGGUCCUGCCUGCUCUGGAGCAGAUUUGCUGGGAUACGCAGUUGCCUGCUUCCCAGGCGGUGGAGUUGCACGUCCUCGUAGGGACCUUGCGCCGCCACAUCCUUUCUGAGACUCACCCCGCUGUCCUGCAGAGCUACCUCGCGUGCGCCACGUGCUACACUCUGAUUUCGGAGCCGUCCGAGGCCCAGAAGUACUAUUACUGGUCUACCAAGAUCAGCCGCACUGUGCUCAGCGAUAUCCACCCGCUGACCUUGGACUGCGCGCAUCGCUUCCUCAAGCUCACGGAGAGCAUGACCUCGACUACGCGCACAGACCUCAUGACCCACAGGGAAGAAGUCCUGCUCAUACUCGUCGCGGCCUACGAGCGUCAGUACGGUAGCUCGUCCGAACUGGUGAUCCAGACGCGGAAGCUUCUUGUUGAGCUGUACACCUCCAUAAGCGAGGAGAAGCGCGCUUUGGAGGUGUACCGCCUGAUCCAAGAAGCCACCAUUCAGCACUACGGCAAGCAUUCUCACGAAGCUCAGGACGUACAAAAUUCACUCAACGUCGUGCUUGGAAAGGGAAGAGGCGAUCGCCAUGUGGAUGGCUACAAGGAAUCCGUUUUUGCCGAGGAUGAAGAAGAAGAGGCUGUGGAAAUCUUCGACAUGCAUCAAAUCUCGAUCUUCCUUCGCAGAGCCGAGGCGUACGCCGCACGAGGCGAGGUGGCGUUGGCAGAAAAGACUUACGUUGAGUUGUGGUUGGAGGUCUCUUCCAAAUGUCGCACAGUGCACUCUCUUGAAUGGCAUGAGAGGCACAUCGACAUCGCUCUGGCUUACUCUCGUUUCCUCGAAUCCCAGAAACGCUCCACCGAGGCGUCGGCCGUCCUCACAUGCGUGUGGCAGCAGUACGAGCAGCACCAACUGUCUUACUCAGAAAGCAUCAUCUCUCGCCUCACCGCUGUCGCUAAGGUCAUGAAAUCGAUGGUUCAGUACAACAUGGCUCUGUCCAUCUACAAGCACGCAAGCGCUUUUUACAAGAAUGUUCGCCGCGAAGAUUCGAAGAUCUCAAACGAGCUCAGCCGCGAGAUCACUGAGACGUCAACCGAGCUGGCCAAGCAGAGCUUGUCCAGUACUACCACCUUGACAUCAACGACCAGGACCGUGUCGGACUCUGCUUUUCAAGACGUAUUCCACUCUGUGAUCAAGUCAUCCGAGACCGUGGACUCCACUACGAUGGCGCUGGCGAAGAAGCUGACUGUGCGGUACACAGAGCAGAGGAACUGGUCUGCGGCAAUCUCAGUAAUCCGGGCGACCUUGCAGAGAACAUGGUCUUCGUUCCUUUUCGGCUCCAUUCACGACGUCACCCUGACCUCUACAUUCAGGGCGGAGUGUAUCGAACUGGUCGAGCGUCUUGCGGAUUGCUAUCUGCAUUUGAAGCAGCUGGACAAGGCCGAAGACGUCUACACUCGGCUAUUCCGGGCCGUGCUCGUGUCGCAGACCCUGGAUGACCCCCUUCUUGAAAAGGUCAAAUUACUGCUCGUGAGCUUCUACGACAAGUAUGGAUACGUGGACAGUGCAAUCAGCGUCUUCCAGGAAAUACUUGUAGUGUACCGUACCAGGCUUGGCCUUACCUACGAGGGCACCAUCCAGACGCUGUACAAUCUUGCGUCCCGAUGCCGAUCCCAUCCACGGAACCAUCCGUACUGGAUCGAGUAUUACCAGCAAAUUGUCACUAGCUUGAACAAGGACUCGGACAUCUGCCACAAGGACGCAAUGAAUGCCAUAGUCAUCGUCGCCAACACAUACUGGGAGGAUCGGAGGUAUGCGGAGGCUGUCACUGUGUUCAAGGUGCUGUGGAAUACAUUCAUCCGCAAAACCAAGGACUACAAGCAGUUCAGCGACACCAGCUUUGUUCAGGUUCUUUACGAGCGCUGCUUCCAAUGCCUCGAGGAAACAAAGGCGAGCUGGGAGACUCUGCACAAGUUCGCCAAGGAGUACCGCGACACCUGUAUCAGUGCCUUUGGAGCCGAGUCCACCAUCUCGGUCGAGGCUACGCUGGCUCUAGCUCGGGUCACGCAAAGAAGCGAGGAACACGCCUCUCAGGCAAUCUCGUUGUACGAGGAGGCUUCAAAGUCUUCCAAGGUCGAGACCACGAGUGUUGCUGAGAUCAAGCAAACGCUGUCGUCGCUCUACGUCCGGCAGAUGAGGUCGCAGUCGUCGACUACCGUCAAGGCUGAGACCAUCGAGCGGGCCAUUAGCAUCACCCGCGAGCAAUUCUCCGAAGCGAUCAGUAAAUACGGAUACUCGCAUGAGUCGUCCCUAACCCAUCUGCGCGAGCUGGCCGUGCUCUACCAUCGCCAGCAGAAGAGCGAGACUGCAGUCCAGCAGCUCACUAAAGCGGUUGCUGAGAUCAUGACCAAGGAGACGGCUUCGCAAAAGAUGAUUGAGUCAGCAGCCUUGAUUGCGGAAAGCUUCCAGGCUUGUCAACAAGUAUCCCGUUGCACGGAGCUGGUCCAAGAACUGCAUCGCCAGGUCUGUGCUAAGGAUGCCCGCUUUGCAUCGAAGUGGUCUUUCGAUCUCACGAAGUGUGACCGCCCCGCCCUUGCAUUCGUCGCUUCCCUCCAGUACAACAUCCGGAAGGACCUGUCAGUGACGUUUUCGGAGAUCAUGGCGGACAUCGCCAUGGAGUUCAUCUACUACGAGCUCUUCCGCCGCUCCUUGAAAGCCAACGGGAGCAUGAGGGACAUCCUCAUGGCUGCCGCACCCCUCAGAUGGUUCCUGCUCCGUACACACCAGCAAGAGAUGGUGGCAGCCGUGGAGGAAGAGGUGGUUAAGCUGUUCCGGAAGCGCGACGCUGCCGACAUCAACGUGCUUGGAAAGGAUUCGCCACACCUCUUCAUCGUCUCGAUCCUGGAACACCUCGGCAGCGGCAAGAACAAGAACUUCAACCGCUCCGUCAUCGUCGCCUCCAACGAGCGUGUUGCGUCCCUGGUCAAGGCGAAGAGGUUCCAAGAAGCAUAUGAUGUCGCCAACCUCGGCUUCCUUUACGCUACCAAUCACGACGGCUACAAUGGACCCAAGGCCAUUGGCCUAGGCUUUAGGCUCGCGUGGCUGCUUGUCGGCGGAGAAGGUCAGAAGUGCCCUGAUCCCGCCCUCCGCAAGAAGUCGCUGGAGCUGUCCAACCGUAUCGUCAAGAAGAUAUUAGAUAUCAGCAAGAGUCUGAAGAUCAACUUUGCGCAAGUACAACUGCCCGAACUCAGUCAGCUCUCUGCUUUGCUGGGCGAGCAGCAAGACUAUACCACGCUCGAGUGGCUGCUUACGACUCUCUGGAGCACACGCGAUGCCCAAAGGUCAUGGCCUGCACACGUGCUCGUGAAUCUCGGCCGCCGCCUAAUCUGUGCGCGCUACCUUGCUGGCCAUCCGAUCAAGGCCAUUCGGCUUUGCGAGGACAUUGCCUACAACAUGCGGCGUGCGCAUGGGCCCCGUGCAGCCGUCACGCUCGAGACUUACGAACUCCUGGCUCAGCUGUACACGAGCACUGCGCAGUCGUACCAAGCAAAGGCGUCUUCUGAGAAGACCGGCCCACUCGCGACCGAGUACUUCAAAAAGGCGCUCGGGAUCCACGAAGACAUACUUCGCCUCCUCGUGCACGAGCACGGCUUAGGCGAUGACUCGGAUGACGAACUUGAUACCGCGGCUGCACUGCUCGCUGAGCACGGCGUCAGCCUGAGCGGUAGCGCCGAUGGCAAGCAUACAGAGCAACUCGACCAAUCUAGUGUUAAUCGGCCAGCGCUUGCACUCCGCCAUGUCCGCCUUCUCAAGCUGGCUUAUCAGCGCCUCGGUAGCUGGCCGAAACCGUAUGAGGAGUAUGAGCGCUUGAAUGCGGACCUGUUCCGCAUGUUUGGCGGCGACCAGGAGUGGAACGGGACGCAGGGCGUGGAGAAGUGGUCAGCGAAGGAGUAUGGAUCCGGCAGAGCGGAGGUGAAGGACGGUGCUUUUGAGGGAGUGGGUGACUGGUCAUUUGCGGCUGCGGAGGAGGUGGUGGUUGGGAAGAAUAAUGGUGCUGGCAAGGUGGGCGGUCUCGGUAUCGAGAACGGUCAUGGUAAGUUGCAUGUGCGGACGCGCGAUCAGGAUGACGAUGAGGAGUUGUGA